AUGGCAGUGUAUGGUAAAAUUGAAUCAUUCGAUUUUGAAAUGAACUGGGAUGAGUAUGUAGAGAGAGUAGAGCAGUAUUUUAUAGCUAAUGGAGUGGAGGACGCAGACAAACAACGGUCGAUAUUGUUGACGGUUAUGGGUCAGAAAAUGUAUGGACUAGUGCGAAACCUCACAUCUCCCGCAAAGCCCUCCGCCAAAACAUAUGAUGAAUUGAAGACACUCAUUUCUCAGCAUUUAAAGCCGAAACCUCUCAUUAUAGCAGAACGCUUUAAAUUUUAUCAACGAAAUCAACAUUCGAAUGAAACUGUAUGUCAAUAUGUGGCUGGAUUGAGACGGCUCAGUGAACAUUGUGAAUUUGGUGCAUUUCUAGAUGAUGCAUUGAGAGACAGGUUUGUGUCGUGUUUGUCUUCCAUCCCUACACAACGGAAACUCCUAACCGAAGCUACUCUGACAAUGACUAAAGCAAGAGAGAUAGCAGUGAGUAUGGAAAUGGCUGAAAAUGAGGCCCGGAAGUUAAAGGGUGACAGAGUGGAUAAAGCUGAAAAUGUUCACAAAUUUCAAGCGUCAAAAGAAUGUUUCCGCAGUGGUAAGUCUAAUCAUAGCGCAGACAGAUGUUUCUACAAGAACAGUAAGUGUCAUACAUGUAAGGAAGUAGGACAUUUACACAAGAGAUGCCCAAAAUCCAAAACCUCUAGAGAUAAACCUGGUAACUCCAAAAAUCAAGGUACUGGUGGUACUAGAUGUAAUACUGAUUCAGCCAGGCCAACAAAGGGGGACUCAAAGAAACAUAAGAAGAGUUCGAAGAUUCAUUUCAUUGAGGAUUCAGACCAGGAGGAUGUUUCGGAAGUAUGGCCGAUAUUCUCUAUAAAGUCCACAGGGCAAAAGGAAAUAAGAAUUUCUGUUGACAUCGAAAAGAUAGCUCAAACGAUGGAGCUUGACACCGGUUCACCAGUUUCAUUGAUAUCUGAUAAGGAUUUCAGAGCUAAAUUCCAGGGAAAAUUCAACCUACAAAACAGCUCGACAAUGUUGAAAACAUAUACUGGUGAAGUAUUACCAGUGUUGGGUGAGGCUAACAUCAAAGUGUCUUAUGAGGGACAGACCAAACUUUUACCAUUGCUUGUUGUGGAAGGUGAUGGACCAGCAUUAUUUGGAAGGAAUUGGUUAGGACAACUUCGACUUAACUGGAAAACAAUAAACAUGAUGUCUAUCAACGAACAGAAAUAUUCAGUGUUUGAGGACAAGUUAGGCACGGUCAAGGGGAUCACAGCAUCAAUCAAGCUCAAGGACAAUGCCCAACCUAAGUUUUUCAAGGCCAGAACUGUACCUUAUGCGCUGAAAGACCAGAUAGGUGCAGGACUUCUCAGUUUAGAGAAUGCAGGCAUAGUGGAAGAGGUGGACAGUUCAGAGUGGGCAACACCCAUUGUGCCAGUCAUGAAACCAGACGGUUCAGUUAGAAUUUGUGGUGAUUUCUAG